GCUGGCCCUGCCGGGCUGUACCAUCGCCUCCGACCGGGAAGGGGGGAGAGCCAGGGCUGGCCGGGGCGUGGCAGAGCCUCCCCCCUCGGAGCAGGCCCUCCUCGAGACAGGAGAGGGUGGGAGGCGAGAGGCGGCUCGCGCUUCGCCUGGCCCUCUGCUCCCCCCUCCAGCUGUUGGGCGGUUGGUACGGCCCGCUCCUGCCUCGGUGCUGCGGCGGAGUCAGGAGGGUGCUGCCGGCCGGGAGGGUGGUUGGUCGGUCGGUCGGUCGGGCAGGACAAUGGCGCUGCUGCCCCCCUCGCGCACCCCGCUGCUCCUGCCCCCGGCCCGAAGGGGGCGCGCCAAGGCUGCGGCCCAGCCCAGCGUCAGUUGCAGCCGCCUUCGACAAAUCCAAAGCAUUCUGAUGCAGAGCAGCAAAUCCCAGCCAGAUGGAAUACUGUGUAUUUUGGGAAUUGAUAGCCGGUACAAUGAAGGCUGCCGGGAACUGGCGAACUAUCUCCUCUUUGGCUUGUAUAACCAGAACAACAAUGAAUUUGAAAGAUCAGGGUUUCCUGAAGAAGUCCUUGAUGAUGCGAUCUUACUAAUAAAGCCGGACAGUGUCCAUCUGUACUGCAACCCUGUCAACUACAACUACCUUUUGCCAUAUGUAGCGUUUUGGAGAAACUUGCAUUUCCAUUGUAUGACUGAGAGCGAGUAUGAAGAUGAAGAAGCUGCCGAGGAAUUCAAGAUUUCCAGCUUUGUAGACAUGGUCCGUGACUGUAGUCGCAUUGGCAUUCCCUUCAGCUCACAAGGUCACCUGCAGAUAUUUGACAUGUUCAUUGUCGAAAAGUGGCCGAUCGUGCAGGCUUUUGCACUGGAGGGGAUAGGCGGCGAUGGCUUCUUCACCAUGAAAUAUGAGUUAAUGGAUGUCAGUGUGGAUCUGUGGAAAACAUAUAGCAAAAUGGACCCUGUUUCCUUGGAGAACUUACUGUAUGAGGAUUUGAUGACUUUUGAGCAUCAGUGGACCAACUUCUUUGCCAAUUUUGACACUGAAAUUCCUUUCAUCCUGGAGCUGUCAGAGUCUCAAGCGGGGGAGCCAUUCCGGAGUUAUUUCAGUCAUGGAAUGAUUUCAAGCCAUAUAACAGACAAUAGUCCCAGCAGGCAGCCAUUUGUGCUUUUCGGCACCCAUUCCUCAAAGGAGAAUCUGAACUCCGGCAAUUUCAAUUUUCCGUCUGAGGGGCAUCUGGUUCGCAAUACGGGCCUCGGUGGGAGCACUGCCAAGCACAUGGUGGUGCAGUGUGUCUCUCCUAAAGGACCUCUGGCUUGUUCAAGAACUUACUUCUUCGGAGCCACCCACACUCCUUACCUUGGCAAUGACAACGAGAUGGAAAAGAAAGCAGACCAAGUGAAGCUGUUGUCCCAAAUCUAUGCUGCUGUUGUAGAGGCUGUUCUGGCUGGUAUAGAUGCCUAUUCCAAAACGUCCAGUACCACCAAGGCAAAAGAAGUAGCUGAGCAAAUGUUCUUCAAUAUGCUUGAUGCCUUUGAACUUACAUAUUUCAAAACACCACUGCGCACCAGAACAGAUUUUCAGAUUCAAGCUGUGAACAACCAUGGAAGAAUUAUUCCACUGGGUAAUGAGGAUAGCCUCUACUUAGUGAAAACUGUCUCCAUGACAGUCUAUGACAUUCCAGAUUUACUUGGUGGAAGGGGCUGCCUAGGCUCAGUAGUCUUCUCAGAGUCAUUCCUGGCAUCACAGAUUCUCGUAAAAGAAAAAGAUGGCAGCAUCAGCACAGAAACCAGCUACGUCGUUCUCACUGCGGCUAUCCCGAGAUCAGUUUCUUGGCUGGUUGAAGAUAACGAAGUGAAGCUGUCUGAGAAGGCGCAACAAAUCCUGAAGGAGGAAGAAUCUUUCCUGGGCACCUUCCUGACUGGAGGUGAUGGGGCCUACAUAGCUUCUAGCAAUUCUCUGUGUCGUCCAGAGGAAGGGAAACUCUCUUUCUUCUCCGAGGGCAUUCUGUUUUGCCAUCCCCACUAUGAAAGCAUUACCAUUUCGAAGACCCACAUGACAUCCAUCAGGUUCUAUGAUGGAGACUCCACAAGUGUUGUAGCCGCUCUCCUUAUAGACUACAAGAGCUCCCUGCUGCCCCACUUGCCUGUCCAGUUUCAUACCCCAAGCAACACUCUGAUGGUCGCACUCUUCCCAAAGUCAAAGCUUUAUAAAGCUUUCUAUUCCCAGGUUUUUUCUGCCUGGCAACAGCGGGGGAACUCUGGAAUAACGUUAAAGCCUACUCGGGAUGAUUGCCUGCCUACAGAGCAGAAGCGAUUACAUUCCAGCAUGCAGAAACUGUUUAAUGUCUUGUCCUAUCCUGCUGGGGAAAGAUGGAGCCAGCUCAGAAUAUCAACAAGCCUCCCAGAUCUGGACCGAUUUCUGCCGCACUUUGUGGUUGGUAGUGUAAGCCGUGAGCCAGUGAUGAGAACCCACCUGCCAACCUUGUUGCAGCAGUCGGACGGCAUUCCUGAUAACCAGACAGAAAAUAAUAAGGUGGUGAUCACUAUCUUAACAGGCCUUCCGGGAUGUCGCUCAAGUGAUCUUAGUUCUUUCCUGGUCACAUUUAACAAAGAAUACGGAAGGUGGCUUGUUUAUCGCCAGACUAUGGAUAGCCCUGAAUGUUUCAGCGCAGCCCACUUCCAGAAAUACCUGACUAGUGUUCUUGACUCUCAGCACAACCGUAGUGCCCGUCUUUCAACUUACAACAAGAAGAAAAUGAGGUUACUGGUGGUUCUGCAGGGAUAUACCGAUGUGAUUGAUGUUGUGCAGGCCCUUCAGACUCACCCCGAUGCUGACGUGAAGGCCUCCUUUGUCAUUGGAGCGGUCUCUACUUGCGUAGAACCACUUAGUUGCUACAUGGAACACAGGUUUCUUUUCCCCAAGUUCCUGGACCAGUGCUCGCAAGGUUUGGUGAGCAACGUGGUCUUCACCAGUCACACUGAGCAGAGGAACCCGCUCCUUGUCCAUCUCCAGCACCUUAUUCGGGCAGCGAACCCUGCGGUUUCAUUUAUUCUGGCAGAAAGUGGGGUGGUGACUAGGAAUGAAGACAUUGAACUAAUUCUCUCUGAAAACAGUUUUUCAAGCCAAAGGAUGCUGACUGAGCGCUAUUUGACGUACCCUGGCUGGUAUGAUGGCAAAUUUCGAGUGGGUUCGGUCUUUCCCCCGAUGGUUCAGAUCUGUGUGUGGUUUAGCCGUCCUCUAGAGAAAACGCGGUUUGUGUCCAAGUGCAAAGCUUUGAAGACCUCCAUCAAGUCAAGCCCCUUCUCUGGAAACAUAUACCACAUUUUGGGCAAAGUUAAAUUUUCAGAUUCUGAUCAGAUGAUAGAAGUCUGCCACAACACGUCUUCCAACUCAUUAAGCCUGGUGCCUGUUCAGGAGGGGCCAACUCCUCCUCCUGAUUCAAGAAAUGACAGCCGAGACCACAGUGGGCUCCAGGAGUGUUUCCUGGUGUUCAUUGGCUGCUCCCUCAAAGAAGGCGACGUAAAGGACUGGCUGCGACAAACGGCAAAGCAGAAACCCCAGAGGAAAGCUCUAAAAACCCGGGGCAUGCUGACCUUGCAAGAGAUCAGGAGCAUCCACGUGAAACGCCACUUAGAUCCACUUCCAGCUGGCUACUUCUACAAUGGGACCCAGUUUGUGAAUUUCUUUGGGAACAAGAUGGAUUAUCACCCGUUAAUGGACCAGUUCAUGAACGACUACUUGGAGGAAGCAAACCGUGAGAUAGAAAAGUACAACAGAGAGCUGGAGGAACAGGACUACCAUGACCUCUUUGAACAGAAGACCUAAACGAUGAAGGAGGCCGCUGAAAUGCCAUGAAGCUUCAAACUAAUUGUCAGUGGCCAAGACAUGCUUUUUAUUUAUCUUUGCUGGUUAACAAGAAAGAAGGAAAGCAAAUUCAUCAGUUUUCAGUUGCUCUGUUGAUACUGCAGCUCCGUAUCUGUUAAAAUCUGGCUUCUGUGCUUGUGCGUUUCCACACUUGCGUGGAGCUCCAUGACCUAGAAUUCGUUCUAUGUCUUUUCGUGGAAAUGUAACAUAUAUUUGUUUUUUGGUAUUAGUAACUUACAAAGCUGUGUUGCCUGGUUGCCAAGCUGGUCUGGAGCUUGUUCCUUCUGAUGUACCAUCACAUUUGGAGAGGAAAGCAUUUGACAGGGAUGGGGGCGCAGCAUGCAGACUCUGUGUCUGCUUCUAAAACGCAAAAUGGGGGAGCACACGUGCUCUCUGGGGAGCUCUUGGUAGCCAACAUGGUGGUUUCUUGGGGGGUGUUCCUAAAGCGAGAAAUGGGGGAACACGUUCUCCUUGGGGAGCUCUUGGUAGCCAACAUGGUGGUUUCUUGGGGGGUGUUCCUAAAGUGAGAAAUGGGGGAACACGUUCUCCUUGGGGAGCUCUUGGUAGCCAACAUGGUGGUUUCUUGGGGGGUGUUCCUAAAGUGAGAAAUGGGGGAACACGGUCUCCUUGGGGAGCUCUUGGUAGCCAACAUGGUGGUUUCCUUGGAGGGUGUUCCUAAAGCGAGAAAUGGGGGAACACGGUCUCCUUGGGGAGCUCUUGGUAGCCAAUAUGCUGGUUUCCUUGGAGGGUGUUCCUAAAGCGAGAAAUGGGGGAACACGGUCUCCUUGGGGAGCUCUUGGUAGCCAACAUGGUGGUUUCUUGUGGGGUGUUCCUAAAGCGAGAAAUGGGGGAACACGGUCUCCUUCGGGAGCUCUUGGUAGCCAACAUGGUGGUUUCUUGUGGGGUGUUCCUAAAGCGAGAAAUGGGGGAACACGGUCUCCUUGGGGAGCUCUUGGUAGCCAACAUGGUGGUUUCUUGGGGGGUGUUCCUAAAGCGAGAAAUGGGGGAACACGUUCUCUUUGGGGAGCUCUUGGUAGCCAACAUGGUGGUUUCUUGGGGGGUGUUCCUAAAGUGAGAAAUGGGGGAACACGGUCUCCUUGGGGAGCUCUUGGUAGCCAACGUGGUGGUUUCCUUGGAGGGUGUUCCUAAAGUGAGAAAUGGGGGAACACGGUCUCCUUGGGGAGCUCUUGGUAGCCAACGUGGUGGUUUCCUUGGAGGGUGUUCCUAAAGCGAGAAAUGGGGGAACACGGUCUCCUUGGGGAGCUCUUGGUAGCCAACAUGGUUGUUUCUUGUGGGGUGUUCCUAAAGCGAGAAAUGGGGGAACACGGUCUCCUUGGGGAGCUCUUGGUAGCCAACAUGGUGGUUUCUUGUGGGGUGUUCCUAAAGCGAGAAAUGGGGGAACACGUUCUCUUUCGGGAGCUCUUGGUAGCCAACAUUGGGGAGCUCUUGGUAGCCAACAUGGUGGUUUCUUGUGGGAUAGCCAACAUGCUGUUUUUUGCAGUGGUGUUCCUAAAGUGAGAAAUGGGGGAACACUUGCAAAAUAUGUCUGCCUUGGUGGUUCACUGCUGCUCUGAACUCUCCACACUAAAAAAAUCUUAGCUAUAUGAUGAACCUUCUAAGCUUGGGUUUGGUACGUUUAGAUUUUAGCAGCAACAGAUCAGUACACUUCAAGUUGGGGGUGGGGAAAUCACUGGAGACACCUUGGCUUCUCCUGCAAGAAACUUCUUUUAGUGCUGCUUGGGGUUGGCUGAGAUUUGUUGGGUAAUUUUGCACAUUUUUCUCUAUUGCAAGUUGAACAAAGCUUACUGGUACAUUGGUGGAGACACUCUGUCCCUAGUAUUAGCAAAGAGCGCUUACUUUUUCAAAUGUGAUGUGUCUUAUCUGCAGAACUUCUGCAGGGUGGGGGUGCCAUUCUCUGGCCUUGCACAAAAUCAAAACAUUGGGGUUCGGUUUCCUUAAGAAUAAAUAGCGCCCUGCCUUUAAAAUGAAAGGCUGAUUCAAAGGGACACGCUUCGCAGAACACUAAGCAUGCCAGCAUGGUUAAAAUUAGUAGUAUUAUUGGCCUCUGUGCCAGAGUAAAAAAAUUUAGGCCGAAAGUAACAAAGAAGCAGGAAGCAAUCUUUUUUCUGGUGCAGCCUGGGAAACUGGGAUUCCAAGCUUGAGGACUGAGAUCCAGCUGAACCUCUGGGGUGCUGGCACGCAGGGGGACGACUCGUAUUUGUCCCUGUGGAUCUCGUCGCUGCUAAGCAGAACUCUAACCAUAGAAGAGGUUUAUUUGCUAGCUCCUGCAUCACUACAGAAAUUUAAGAACUAGAAGUCUGAGUUCAGGAUUCCCACGUGUCAAAACUCACUGGGAUACAAGUGUUGUGUACUUUCCAAUGAUGCAACAUCCCACCUCUAGAUAGCCUUUUUUUAAAGCACAAGUGGAAUAUCAGCAGAACAGCCUCUGCAAUAGGAAUAAGGCUAAGCUCUUUCAUCCCAUAGCUUCAUCAGACUUGAUGCUUUAUGGGCAGAGAUAAAUUCUGGUCUCUUUCUGGCGUCAGUUGCUGAGGUGUCAAGCAGGGUCAAAAAAGUAGGAAGCAUUUUCAAGAACGUAAUGUGUGUGUCCUGCUGAGCACCAUUGGCUGCUGGGGGUCUAGAAGAUGCAACCAUGGGUGGGAGCUCCAACUUUGAAUUCUAGGCAGCGCAGCUUAGAUUUUAAAUGUCUAAGGUGGCUUCAUAGUCGUUUUAAAUCUUUUUGCAGGUGUUUGUUAUUGUUGCACUCCUUAGGACCUUAAUAGGAUUAAAGUUAUUUCCUUAAAAUUGAAAGCUGGCUCUUAGUCACUAAAUAUAUAUAUAUAUUAUUUUAAGCUUUCUGUGGGUUAGUAACGCCCAUAUUACCAGUAAUAGAAUGUCCUUCUGAGGAUCAUGGAUUAUCUAUGCAUGGAUGUACCUUAGUUAUUCUUAAAAUAUACUAAUAGUGCCUGGUAGGAAAAACAUAGCAAUUAUUUUAAAGGAGCAGUUGGUGUGUUGAAGGCUAAGUUGAUUUUGCUGUAACCGGUAAAAACGCAGCUUGUAUUUCUCAGAUGGCGUGAUUUUAAUGUGGCUCCAGCAUCAGGCAUGUGGAGCUCUCUCAUGACCUUAUUUCUGUACAUCCUGAAACUAAGUAGUCCUCUGGGGAAAAGAGGAGCCUCUUCCCUGGAGCUAGGAACCUAACAGAUACAGAGCUUCUGAUUAAGGGCCUCACGUGUAGCCCAGAGAGCCCAUGGGACUCCUCUCUCAGUUGGCCUCUUCCAUUUGAAGCCCGUGGGCAACACCGACCCAUGGGAGCAUAAGAGCUCCUGUCAGAAUCUUCUGGUGUCUGAUUAAUAACAAGCAGGAAAUUCUGGCAAAUGUGGAUCAGUUGUCUGCCCUAGGGUGGCAAGGAAUCAUUUCCACUUUGCCCUGUAGUCGCUCCGUUUCCAGAGGCACUUUUUUGGGGGAGACAAUUCAGGCAACGAAGCCUGAAUUUCCAUGGUGAAGUUUAAAGUUCACUGCACUCUUGGGCUCCACGCCGUAAAGUCAAAAUUUUGAAUGUGUGCUUGGUUUCCUACAAAAGGAUCAAAUGGAGGCAGAACUUUUUUGCCACUAAAUUUCAUCAGGAAACCCAGGGUAGAUUUUUCCCCUCCCCAUUUUUGGUGGCAUUUUGUGUAGAAUAAGGUACCUAAAAUUGAGCCCCCAACUUGAUUGCAGAAGCUGUCCCAAAUCAAGAUACCUGAAGGUAUCCCAAAGGGGUAAAAGAGCAAAACCUAAUGGGCUCAAGUUUGCUGAGAACUUGUUGUCCUUAAGGGGCUUCCAUUUAUUUCAAGGUGGGUUCUUGGUAGGGGUGGGACAGAUGAGAAGUAGGCCAUUAAUUUGCCAGCCAGCAUAACUUAGUGGAAACCCUGGUUGCUCCUUUCUUUGGCAUAGAUUGUCUAAUGACCUGCAAAAGCCAUAUAAUCUAGAAAUAAUCUUGUUGCUCUCCAGCAUCCAGAAGCUGAGGCAAAUGGUGGCUCAGAUGCGUUGCCUCAGCUUCUUCCUCAUAACUAUAUAGGUUUUAAGUGCAAUUGUUGUUAAAUAGGUGAAGAGAUUGUAGCUUACUUUGCUCCGCUGAACUCUGAAACUCUCGAAAGCUGCAGGAGAUGGAACAGCGCCCAACAUGGUGAAGGCCACCAUGCGGCAUGAUUCUGAGGGGCCCCUAAGUUGCAGCUAGAGAACAUGCCCCAAACAAGCAGGCACCUUGUGGUCACCGCAGAAAAGACCCCAGGGCAGAGGUGGGCAAACUUGGCCCUUCAGCUGUUGUUGAACUACAACUCCCAUCUUCCCCUGCCACAAGUGUUGCAGGGGAUGCUGGGAGAUGUAGUACAACAGCUGGCAGGCCACGUUUGCCCACCCCUGCUCAAAGGGCACCUCAGCCCUCAUGUAGAGGAUCUGAUGCCUCAUUUCAGUGCCUCUCCUGACCAGAACAGGGAGGGUGCUCCCAGAGUGGUCCCUGUGAGUUCACGGGCUGGAACUAAUGUGGUAGACCAAGAGUUCCCAACUGUGGGUCCCCGGAUGUUGUUGGUCUGCAGCUCCAACGGUCUUUGGCCAUUGUGGCUGUGGAUGAUGAGAGUUGCAGUCGAACAUCUGGGGACCCAAAAUGGGGAGGCUCAGUGGUCGACCCUGCAGUCUGUGGAGGUGGGCUCCUCCUUUGUAUACCUCGGACUUCUUUCAGGGGCCCCUUUCCUUGACACCAAAGCGCUGUUCAGGAAGUUGCUCCAAGGAUGGCUCCUAGGCCCUGUCGCGUGGCUACCAGUGGCUGCUGGAUUAGCCCCUCAACAGCCCACUCCUGCAGUGAACCGUAAUUAGUCUUAGAUGCUGCGAGAACCAAGCUGUGGUGGGGGACACAACUUACCCCCAUGCCAAUUUGGUUGCAUGGGUCAGAGAUUUAGCAGAGGGCCAUGACAAAGGCAUGGUAGAUUUAUAUGCUGUACUGCAUGUUAAGUGAAAACAAUAACCGUCUUAUGCUAUGAAGGCCUUUCACCAUCCUGGUACUGCUUAAACUUAAAAUAUUUUGAUAUAGGCAAAAUUUUUGAUUACCUCAACUUGUUAAUGCAGAGGUUCUUGAACUUGGGUCCCGAGAUGUGGUUGGACUGCAACUCCCAGCAUGCCCAGCCACAAGGGCCAGAGGCCCUUGAGGUUAGACAUGAUGGGCAUUGUAGUCCAACCACAUCUGUGGACUCAAGUCUGAGAACCCCUGUGUAUUAAUGAUUUAACUGUGAUCUUUUUUUUUUUAAUGGGGUGGGGCGCGGGGAUAAAAUAGCCAAAAUGCUGAAACUGUAACAGUAGGAUCCUGUUCAAGACAUAUCAGUGCCUUGUUUACGAUGCUGCUGUUAACACAAUGCAAAUUGUAGAAGCAGAGAGCAUCGUGGUUCCUAACAAUUGCACCCUGUUUUGAAGGGAGAAGACCAUUUUGGUGAAAGGACUCUAAAUCUAGCGAGGAAUAUUUAGCACACAUGGUUAAGUUCCGAUUUUGUGUCUCUCUUUUUCUUAAAAAAGAUAAAACUCUUUGAGGACUAAAACCAAUGGAGAAAUACUUGAUCCUGCUGCCAUUUUUGGAAGGCAAUUGCUGAACUUAAUUUAGGAAUUGCACCAAUUAACUGGCAGCAUUUUUAUAAGUGGGUGGCGGGGGGGGACCUAACUUUUUUUACACGAGAGGGAAACUUGCAUUACUGAUAAAUAUCUAGUUUUGGAAAUUUUUAAGCUACUGUAAAACACGAAAAUAGCACCGUUUCUAGCUGCAAAUAUAGAAAGUCAGAAGUGCGAUUAUACUGUUCUAUUCACCGAUGCUGUCCAGUGAAGAUGGCAACGGUGCCAAGCGUUCAAGCAUUCCUCGUGUUUCACGGAAGUGCAUCAAGGAGUCCUCAAGGGGUUUCUGUGCUUGCUGACCUUCCCAUUAGCAGCUUGUGUGGUUUCAUAUCACCUGAGAAUGAGUGGUCAGAAGUCGCUGAAGUUAUACGAAGGGUGGGAGGUGGGGGGAACACAGCCAACUUUAGGAAAGGGAACACUUGCAAUCCAAACGGUGCUGUUUGAGUUGCACAUGUUCUCUGCGUUUUUCUUCGGAAUAUUUUUUUUCCUGAAUUUUGCACAGCUAAUAAGCUUCAGAAUACCGUUCAGGUGUUCUUGAAAGGGAAAACUGUAACUAGGGGAUGAAAAUAUGUAAACUGUGAGUUGUUAGAACUGCGUUGCUAAACCUAAUUUUAGAUGGUUGAAAAUGUACCUCAGAAAACUAGUAAGAAACUGCUUUGUCCUUUACCUAGUCGUGAAAGGCUUGCGUAACACAUCUUUUUUUAACCAGGUGCCAAAAUUUUUCAUACUAGUUUUCAUACACAUUAAUAUUUGCAACGUUCAGUAAAAUGUUAUUUUUACAAACUCUACUGUAACUUCAGUUAAACUGAAAUGUGUGGUUGAAGCUUUUUUGCUUAUUAUUUCUAUUUAUGACAUUACUUGAUUCAGUAAAUAUAUAAAAGUACCUUUCCCUUUAUUUUUGUAUUGUUUUACACGUUUAUACCUGCUGUUUGUGAUUAUUAUUAUUUUUUACACUUGGAUGCGAUUCUAAAAUCCAAUAAAUUAUAUCCAUCUGUUGA